AUGUCUCGCCGCAAGCUCCGUCAGACGGCCGAAGAGACCCUUGCCCCGCCGGAUUUGCUGUCUCCCAGUCAGACAAUUGCCCGCGUCGUCCAACUCCACGGCAAAGACCUCUACACCGUUCAGACCCCAGCCGCCUCCUCCACCCUCCUAGUUGAGCUCGAGAACCGAUUCCGGAAUGCCGUGUUUGUCCAGCGUGGUGGCUACGUCCUUGUCGAUACCACGGCGAGCGACCGGCCAAACAAAAUCCAGGGAGUUAUCGUGAACAUUGUUCGGAAUGAGAAGGCGUGGCGGAAACAAGCAUACUGGCCUCGAGAGUUCGCCAAGAAAGUGGCAUCCGACGGCAGUGACGAGGAAGAGUCGCUAGUCGGAAAGAUGCCACCCUCAGACAGCGAGGAGGAAGAGGACUGA